UUCAUUCGGCCGGUGAGUUGUUACACACUCCUUAGCGGAUUCCGACUUCCAUGGCCACCGUCCGGCUGUCUAGAUGAACUAACACCUUUUGUGGUGUCUGAUGAGCGUGUAUUCCGGCACUUUAACUUCACGUUCGGUUCAUCCCGCAUCGCCAGUUCUGCUUACCAAAAAUGGCCCACUAAAAGCUCUUCAUUCAUAUGUCCACGUUCAAUUAAGCAACAAGGACUUCUUACAUAUUUAAAGUUUGAGAAUAGGUUAAGGUCAUUUCAACCCCAAGACCUCUAA